CCUUGGCUGAACUUAACGCGGAACGUUACAAAUAGGAGCCGCGGUGUUCCAAGUGGAGCACAGUGAAGGGGUGCGCAACACGGGACGGUAACGUUACCCGAAGUUACAGACAAGAUCAACUAAGUUCGAGCACUCACACGAUCUGCUGCAACAGCGGGGAGGAACGGUGGAUGAAAGAGAGAGAGACACACACAGAGAGAGAGAGAGAGAGAGAGAGAGAGAGAGAGAGAGAGAGAGAGAGAGAGAGAGAGAGAGAGAGAGAGAGAGAGAGACCCGCCGUUGGAGUUGGAGGACACACGCGUGCGGCGUAGUGCAGAGGAGGUUUCAUUGCUGACGCCGUUUUAAGGGGGCGUUGUUGCUGCACCAUCGAUCCCAGCAGUGCCAGAAGCCAAGUCAACUCCUCAGCAUCCACAAAGCAGUGCUCUUGAAGUGGGAAGUGGGACAACUUUGACCUCAAUACCAGAAUAGAAACAUCUACUUCCUGUGAAUGAGUGUACCAGCCACGAUGUUCGACGAGGAGUCGGAGCAGAUGAGGGAGCAGCAGGACGUGGGUGUCCUGCAGGCGCUGGACUCCCCGGCAGCGGUGGCUCCUUGUGGGGGAGGAGCAGGCGCCGCUUCUCUUUCCUUCACAGACCAAGCUGUGUCCAUCUUGACCUCCAGUAGCAUGUUGGCCCGCUCCCUCCUAGGCCGCACCUCUGCCAUCAAACGCAAAGAAAGCCUCGCCUCCGCGGGAACCAUCCGACGCAAGCGCGAGUUCAUCCCCCAUGACAAGAAGGACGAAGGCUAUUGGGACAAGCGGCGGAAGAACAACGAGGCAGCCAAGCGCUCCCGGGAAAAACGCCGUGUGAACGACAUGGUCCUCGAGAACCGCGUCCUGGCUCUGCUGGAGGAAAACGCUCGUCUCAGGGCAGAGCUGCUGGCUCUCAAGUUCCGCUUUGGCCUGGUAAAAGACCCCUCCAACACCCCAAUUCUGCCCCUCACCACGGCUCCCUGUAACCCUCAACCCCUGACUCCACACUACUACCUCCCACGGGGAGACGGAGGCUUCCCCGGCACAUCAGUACUGCAUCCUAACAACCAUUCGGGCCAGCUAGGCGUCCGCGGCUCCAGGGAUGCUGGCAACGUAUCGGAGGACUCAGGGUUUUCUACCCCAGGGAGCUCCAGCGUGGGCAGUCCCGUCUUCUUCGAGGAACGGCUAAGCGAUCACGGGAAACUUUCACCGCGCGGGGCCGAGGAGUUAGGCUACGAGCUUCACCACUCCCCUGCUGAAAUCCCCGGACAUCACGCCACAGGGCUGGUGGUACCUUUACUGGGUAGGAUGGACCUGGCUGAGACAAUGAAAAACCUUCCCCACAAACUGCGAUUCAAGAGCCCCAUCAGCGGAGAGGGAACGGACGCCACGGCGGACAACAACGGCGCCAGACGUAGCCCCAUACUAUCCACAGCAGGCCGAGACGCUCCCAGAGAGGCAUUUAGAGGACAGCCGCCGAGCGGAGUCGAAGCAGGAGCCGGAUAUACGAGCCUCUGGCAGCAGCAGCAGGAGGCGGAGGAGAUGAGGAGAGGGAGGCAGUCCCCCCAACACAACACCUCAGCGGGCGGCUGUGGCCUCCAGCCUCCGCCCCACGGACAGACGGAGGUGCAUUACCAGAACGAGAACAGCGUCCUCAGGUCUCAGCUCACCUCCCUCAGCGAGGAGGUGGCUCAGUUGAAAAAGCUGUUCACGGAACAGCUCAACGCCAAACCCCAUUAAAGUAUCAGAACUGGGUGGAAAAAAAAGAAGACGCUGUAAAAAAAAUAAAUAAAUAAAAAUAAACGAGUUUGAUAUGAGUAGAAAUUAA